CCGUUGGGAAGGUAUGCAGGUACUCGCUGGAAGGAUGGAACGGUGCACUCGGAGAGAAGAAAGAACGACACCAUCAGUAGCCGCAGCACCCUGUCGGGUAGCGUUCAGGGAUGAAGCGAGGCCGCGUACUGUAAAAGAGGGGAAGGUGGGUCGCCUCGUAUCCGUGUCACGAAUGCGCGCGUCUGCACUCCACCUCGCCACCCUCAACGGUCGCCGAAGGAGGUGAAUGCAGUUGGUCGUCAUUUUGCAACCCGUUCAGACGCCAUUCAGAUGCGUCCGAUGCGAGUAGCCGGCGUCCCGCGAAUCACUCGACCCUCGUCGUUGAUUUCUCGUCUCGGCGAAAACGGACAUUGAAAUUCCAUUUAGAUUCAACUGUACCACCACGAAACGAAGGAACGAUAAUCCGUCGAGGCAUCCGUACAACGCACCUUCGAAUUCGCAGUGGGAUCGAGACCAUUCGCGAGCUUUUAACUUCGGGGACACGCGUGGCCCAUGGACACCGACUGCCUCUGGCGAUCGUGAAAGGGGGUUGAGAUCGAGUCGAGAUCUCUGUUCGACACUCCCUGAAUGGACCGUCGCGGUGGUGUUUUCUAUUCAUUCAUCUUGAAACGCGGGAGACGCGGAAUCAUGAAUCUUUUAACUUUCACGUACAGUGAGAAAGGCCGAAGAAUGGCCAGAACGACGUUGACUGAGAAUCAGACUGUCGAGUGUUUGACGUUCGCGUAAAGUUGAGAAGACGACUGCUUCGGUUUGGAGGCGGUGCAAGAAGCGGAAGAAAGAGAAUUACAGGUGAAGGAGAAGUUGUAGUGGCGAGCAUCCCACGUGUUCAGCGAUUAUUCUCUCUUCUUCAGCUUUCCAACACGUUGGGACGACCACUUUACUAGACGAACACGUCGUUCCGACUGUCUGACAGCGCAAAAGAAGACAUUAAGGAGGUACUAGUACUCCAUUGACUAGUCACUAUGUAAAUGAUGCAAACUAUUAUGACAUCUCAAGCAAUGAUGACAAUUCAGAUACUUUGGAGAAGUUUUACUUAAUUACUGAACAAAGGUGGCACACAGAUACAGUGCUGCCUAUUCCUUUAUUGUCAUCUACCGAGGGAAUGUCUGCUCGAUCUCAUCAUAGGAUCCCGCAGUCCAUAACGGGACUGGACGAUGCUGGAAUGGAUUUGCAAGCAGCUCAACUCAGCACUCGUGCAGGACAGGAGGCACGUCCCACUGCAACUUUAUCAUGGCUAGACUGGCAAUUACCUCUCUUUGUAGUACUUUGUGCCGUUGGUGGUGCUAUUCUCUGUACAUUCUUAAUUUUGUUAUGGGUGCGGAAACAAAUGUCGUGUGAAAAAGAUACAGAAGAUGGUGACAGGAGAGGUUUGGUAGAGGAAGGAGCUGUGUGUCAUUCGGAUAAGCUUGCCAUGGCUACGAAAGGAUCAGUGGAAGGUCAAUGGGUUCAUCAACCUACAGUGAAACCAUCUGUGUCUGUACAAUCUGUCCGACCAGUUACUGGUUUACCAGAGGUAAUGUCGGUGGCGACCCCAGAACGCAGACCGGAACCUAUACGUAUAAAAACAAAAGGAUUACUAGAACGACGUGGUUCAAGUGCAAGUUUGACUAUAGAAUUGGCACCGCCACCUGAAAGUCCACCACACGUGGUCACACCUACUCACGAAUGUACCGCAGAAGAAUUUCUGCUGAGCGCUGGAAAUGUUCUCUCGAGAACGCAACUGAAAAAGGCCGUCAGUGACCCAGCAUCACUACAUAAAGAAUUUUGGGAAGUUCCGCUUAAUUUGCCCGAGGAACUAGGUAUUUACGGAUCUUGGGUGAAGAAUAGAUACUGUUCUGUAUUACCAAACCCGCAGUCAAGAGUAGUUCUACCGGGUUCUGCCGAUGAUGAUCCUCUUUCCGGUUAUAUCAAUGCCAAUUACAUUCGGGGAUACGACGGAGAAGAUAACCGCUACAUUGCAACACAGGGACCAUUGGCCCAUACUGUAGGCGACUUUUGGAAAAUGGUCUGGGCAGAAAAAGUUUCCGCUGUCGUUAUGAUGACGAAACUACACGAAGCUGCCAAAGCAAAAUGCGAGCCGUAUUUUCCGCUAGACAAAAACAAUCGUGUACAAGCUGGACCUUUCACUAUUACUGUUACAUCUAUCGAUACCAGAGAUGGUUACACAAUGCGAGAAUUAGAACUUAGAUACGAAGGAGAAAGAAGACACGUUCAGCAUUACUGGUUUGAUUCAUGGCCCGAUCAUGCUGUACCCGAAGCUGCGGAUACUCUUGUUAGUUUAGCUGCAGAAGUGAAUUCUCUACCAGGUCCAGUUGUCGUGCACUGCAGUGCAGGGAUUGGACGAACUGGAUGUUUCAUAGCUUUAGCGACAGGAAUGACACAACUAUCGCGAGAUGGAAACGUAGAUGUCUUAGGGAUUUUAUGCCAAAUGAGGUAUGAUAGAGGAGGGAUGAUUCAAACGGCGGAACAGUACGAGUUUGUCCAUCGCGCGCUUUGUCUGUAUGAACAAACACUCGAUGGCGGUAAAUCGGCCAGUUCAGGAGAUUGACACGACUGAGCUGACACUUUGGAAAUUGAUCAGAAUUAACUGAAAAAGAGUUAACUCGAGAGUUACUAAAAGAAAGUUUACGAAUUGACUACGAGGUAUUGUCUGCAUAUUACUUCGUCCAGGUGUGAAUCUCUGCCAUUUCAAGAAACUCUAUGAAGAGAAUCUCAACUUCAAUUUGAGACUAGCGGACAUGUUGCUAGUCUCUUUUUUCACCUGUUUAAGAUGAGUUUCGUCUCACUUAAUAUGCUGCCAUUUCUAUACUGCCAUGACGAAUCGUUGACAAUUAAUAUCAGUCACAAAGCUCAAGAAAGAAGCAAAUGUUCAAAUGAUUACACUACUCUUAAACGGACGUAACACUGUUUGACAACUAAAGAUGACUUCAAUUUGACUUGUGAAACGUAAGAUCAGGGUUUGUCUGAACAUUGAUUCAGAUUUUUACGCAUUCUCUGUGUGUCGAAAAAUAGGUUUGUCAGUUAUAAAAAUUUGCAGCUAUAGUAUUCUCAGAAACUUGUACUUUCUACGAUUGAAACAAUUCUUCCUUAGCUUCUAGAUGCAGUGAAGUAAGAUUGCAAAAAUUAACUCAGCUGCCCGAUAUAUACAGUUACAGAUGUGAAUGCUACUAGUAAUAAUUAUUUAAUUGAAAUGAUGAAAUCGUAAAUACAGAAAGGCAGAUUGAAAUUAUUAUGAAAUCGGGACCCAGAUUAAGUAAAUAUUUUUAUCCUAUUUGUAGUUCCUAGUUAAUUUUACAGUUUAACAUACACAAUGAUUUCCAUGACUUUUAAUUAAUUUAUCAACAAAGACUGAACGCAGGUAGUACAAUAAGUUUAUUAUAUAUAAGUUACAAGUCUAACUAGAAAUAAUAUGCUUCUGUAACACAAAGUAAAAUUCGUGAUGUGUAUGAUGGUCGUAAGAAAAGUAGCUUCACUUAAAAAGAAACUUCGAAGUAGCGAAUUGUAGGGUUGGUUCACCGAUCUAAACCUUACUAAUAAACGCAAACUAUAUCGAUUCCUUAUACAGUAAUCAAGAUUAGUGUUUACAGAAAUUCUGACGUAAUCUCAUUGAUCAGUAAUGAAGGGAACCGAUGCUUUUGUAAGUGAUUAAUGAUUGGUCUGUUCGUUUGGGAAAGUAGUCUGUAGUUGACAAUAAGUGUGAUUUAAACCUUUAAGGAAAAUUUAAAAAGAAAAUUACUUUAACACAAACGACAACAGCUGUGUAGUUACAUUAUUUAGCUACGAUUUUCUUGGUCAUGCAAAUGAACUUUAUUAAUCUACAGAUUAUAACAUUGUAACAGUACCAAAGUUGUUAGUGUUUGCUAAUUGUUGCAUACCAUAAGGCAAUAUAUCGCAUAUUCUGUAAAAUUUAUGAUGACUAACAAUCAUUGUUUGGACUUUAAAUAGUUUUGUGCAGCUGACUCUUAACGAGUUCCAAUGUAAUCUGUUCCAUUAGGCUAUAUGUUUCGAUUUUGAGCUAUCGUAAACGAUCUCAGCUAUUAUCUGAAAAUGGAUGUGCCGUAGUCCAAUCAAAUGCUAUUUCCGACAGAUCUAUCUCACAUCGUCGACCAUGUUGUAACAAUUUUCAUUCAAAUUAUGAAUUACGAUGCCUCAAAGUUCUUCUAUAUUGUACGCAGUAUGAAUGUAUGAAUUUUGAGCGAAAGAUUGUGAUACGUAUACAUAUAUACUAUAUAUAUAUAUAUAUAUAUAUAUAUAUAUACACUUGUACAUAAGUUGUACAGAGAGUAAAAUAUAUUUAAGAGAGUAUGUAUUUGUGUAAGCAAAUCAAGAGUAAAUUAUUUAUGAAUAUGUAAAGCCUUAAGCGAAUUUAAUUUAAACGUAUUAAUAACGUAACAAAAAUAAUAAUUUAGAACCCUUUGGUGUUCAAUUGUACUUAUGUGACGUAAUAAAUGUUUAUAGUACCCAUACAAUA